AUCGCAUUUUAUUAAUUUAGUUUUAAUCGUAUCUUUAAAUGUUCACUUGAACGUUUGAUUAUAUUUUUAAUACCGAUAAUAAGAAGAUUACUUAAGUGAUUAUUAAGUAAUGGAAGGCAGAAAAUUACAUGAAAAAAUUUACGUUGACCGUUGGGAGAAAUGUCAAGUUUCAGAAUGUUGCUAUUUUAUGAGUAAAUUGCCUUGCAAAACUCCAGAACAACUGAAUGAGCAAUGGACACAUCCAAUUUAUUCCACAAAUGUGAACUUAAAAUUCUUGUCAAAUUUGACAAGACAUUCAGUAAAAAGAAAUUUGUUAAACCCUUUAACAUUUGGUGAACCGAAAAAAAUAUCUGUUGCUGAUUUUGAGUUUACAGUGACUGCCAUAGAUCCUGAUACGUGUACAGGAAAAGUUAUAUAUCACUUUUCUUUUGAUGGUACUGAGUGUUUGUAUAUGGAUGGUACUUUGAUGUCUCCAAGUGUAUUCACAAAUCCAUAUAUAACACAUUUGGGAAACACUAAUAUUAUUGACACAAUUUUUAUUGAUAGUCCACUUUUAGAGCUGCCUAUUGAAAUCGAUAUUGAUCUGGUUGUUGAACAAAUAAUCAAUAUAUUUAGUUCCAGAAAAUCUGUUGUGUCCUUAGAAACUUUAGGGAUGGAAGACUUGUUAGUCAAAAUUGCAAUAAAGGGCCAUACUAUACACAUUGGCAGUAAACGAUUAAACCUUUUGAAAUUGCUGAAGAAAGAUACAAACUUUACAAAAGAAAAAAAUGUAAAUUUAAGAAUAGUUGAAUCUAAUACUUGCAAAGACCUUGAAACAUGUUUCAGACGUUACAAAGAUGAUCAAAUGCACCACAUUCUAGUAUCACCUUUUUAUUCUUUAUUAGAUAUAUAUACUUUGCAAAAACUAGGUGUACAUGUUGUUCGAUACUCAGACAACACUACUUCAACAGCUUUAAAUAACAUUUUAAAAAUAAUCAAACCCAAAAAUUUAAUGGAUUGCAAUGAGUCAAACCCAAAAACAGAUUUAUUAAUGAACCUUCUAUUGAUUUCUAGAACUAAUUUGAGUUUAGAUUCGACUUAUCUGCAGAAUGCACAAAGAUUAUCUCUAGCUGGUGCUUUAUCAGGGAGUUCAGAAAACGAGAGCCAUAAUUCAAUCGCACUUGUGGCUGAUCCUCCUAAAAAUAUUGAACAUUUGUACACUGAUACUCAAGAAUCGUUUAAUCCAUUAGCUACAAGCACACAAAAAACUAGAGAUGAUGAAAAUGGUAAUUUAACACCUAUAGAGAAUUCUGAAAACACUAACAUAAUGCCAAUAGAAAAUUCAUCAUUGAAUAAACUAGUUAAUGAGGGUGAUCAGCCAAACAAUUUAGUACAAGAUAUUGUGCUUCAUCAUUCAUUUGAAUCGCAACGAUAUUUAGAUGAGUAUCAGAAAAACCUAUACAGAGGAGACAAUGCGAUGAGUCAGGACAAUAUUGUGGCCGAAUCCCGCAGCAAUCCAAAUAUUUUACCUGGUGACCUUAGUAUCAUCAACACCAAUUUAUCACAGGGCUCGAAUGUAAUAAAAAAACAAAAUGCUGUAGAAACAUCACCGGCCCUGGAGGCAACUAAUGUUGCUGAACAAUUAGCAGUUGAUAAAUCCUCUGAAAACACUUCACCAAACACCAACAUAAGUAAAGAUUCAUAUUUUCAGAACAUAUCAGAUAUUAACACCAGCGCAAUCGAUGCUAAUCAAUCUUCAUCAUCAAAAUCUUCACAAUCUUCACCUGCAGUAGACUUAGCUAAAACUACACAGAAUCAAAUAGACAAACCAAAAGAUCCCUGUGAAAUAGAACAUGCCCUUGCUAAAAUAGUAAGGCAAGUCCAGUUCAAUGUAGAAUCCAAUGAGGUGCACAUUAUCUCCAAUAUUGAGAUAUGUUCAGAUGACAGUCAAGACAUUCCUAGUUCAAAUACGACCAAAACAUAUCCGAUACCAGAAACAGAAGUAAAUGAAAUGCCUGGUAGCAUAUUUGCAGAAGUAGAUAUGGAAACUAGGGACGAAGAAUAUUAUUUGGCACAUGGUUUACCACAACAUUAUGCCUCGUCAAAGGAGACAGACAGUUCAUCUGAUAGCAUUACAAUUAAUCCUGAGGCAAGUUUUGUUCCGGUUGAACCUGGUGCAUUGAUAAUAUCAGAAGUAGAGCACUUGCAUUCACAACUUCUAGAGACAAGUGAUUACAUGGAAGGAACAAGUGAAGACCUUGCAGCAAGUGAAUCUAGUCCAUCUACAAGUGGUUUGAACCUGCCUAUAAGAAGACCAAGCAUUUCUUCACCUUCAGAUUCCUCUUCCGGGGAGCCAAUUAGAGAAGAAAGUGAAAAUCAAGUAUCAAGUUAUUCUUUUCCAUCAACGAGUGGAUUGAACCUGCGUCCAUGUUCAGUAUUGUUAAGGAGACUAAACAUUUCUUCAUCUUCAGAUUCCUCUUCUGAUCAGGAGUCAUUUGUUUUAUCCGAAAAGCAAAUGAUGUUGAAGGCGAAAAAUGAAGCAAUAAGUAAAAAAAUUGAACAAAAACGUGACUUAUCAAUCAUUGAUGAUCAUGAAGAUGAUAAGCUUGUGUCGGAAAAUGGGUUAGAGUUUCUUGAUAUAAAUUGUAUAGAUAUUCAGCAAUAUAUGGAUAGUAUAUUUAGAUUUUCUGUUAACUUGAACCUUAACCAUCUUAAAAGCAAACUUCAGAAGAACAAAAGGGAGGAAAAGGAAAAGGAAUUAAUUUUAUUUGAAUGA